CUUUUUGACUGGCUCUACGACAUCUCUCAUCAAUCAAAACCAAAGGCAAAGCUCUUCAUGAGUGGUGAAACAAAAUACAAGACCCACAAACGCAAUAUUAUUAUACAAAACAUAAAUCAUCAAAAGCUCUAGCUUGGAAUUUUUGCAGGAAUUUUUUUCCCAUCACUCAAACAGAAACAAUAUUCCCACACUCUCUCUCUGAAAAUCAUAACCGAUCCUACAGAAAAUCCAUGGAAGAAAAAGAAAAAAUCCCCAAGAAGAAGAUCAAACAAACAAACAAGAAGCAAAAACACCAGCAUCCAAAUGAUCAAGCCAAAAAACCAUCUUCCUCAGAUUUCUCAUUCAAACCCAGCUCAGAAGUAAAAGGUCUCAAGUUCGGAGGCCAGUUCAUCGUCAAAUCCUUCACAAUCCGGCGAGCCAGACCUCUUGAGCUCCUCAAACUCCUCUCUUUCCCUCUCCCGUCGCUGGUCGGCAAAACCAACAAACUCCCAUUUCCUUCAACGACAGCGUAUUUGCCCACCAACUUCACCAUCCUGGCGCACCAUGCGUGGCACACCUUGACGCUUGGACUGGGGACGAAGAAGUCGAAAGUGGUGGUGUUUGUGUUCGAGUCGGAGGCAAUGAAGGUGGGAGUGGACCGGGUCUGGCCGGCGGAGAUACCGCUAGGGGAAGUGAACAGGAAGUUGAUAAGAGGGCUGAGUGGGUGCGAGAUGGCUCGGUUCAAGUUCAGAAAAGGGUGCAUCACGUUCUAUGUUUAUGCGGUGAGACGAGUUGGGAAUCUAGGGUUCUUGUGUGCUGAUGAUCUGAGGACUGUGUUGCAGUCUGUUGUUGCUCUUAAAGAUUUCUUGGAUCAUACUGCCAUGCUGGCUUUGCCCAACCAGAGAAGCAUUAACUAUUCUUCUCCUCCUCCUCCGGUCGCCAUGGCUCACUAGCUAGCUACCCUUCUUCGAUCGCCUUCUUCAAGCUUGGGAUUUCCAUUUGCAGAUCAUGAUCUGAGGUCGACAGUGUUGCUGUUGCAGCCACCUUCUUCUUCUUCUUCUUCAUCUCUGAGUUGUUUCUUUUUUGCUUAUUUUAGUCAACAUAUAUGAUGAUAUAUUGAUUAUCUGAACUUUUUCUCUUACUUUGACUUUUUUAAAAAAUUAGAUGAGUUCAAUUUGGUAUAUGAUGGGGGAAUUGGUUUAUUUGUUGCAGAAAUCCUGUUUAUAUAUGCUGAUUACUAUACUUAGU